AUAAGUUAGCACAGCAUGUGAACUUAAUUAAUACAGGUAAACAGUAUACAUAUCAGUUCCAAACAAUUCAAUCAACUCUUCUUAUUCCCUUUUCUCUCUUAAGACUUUCAAUCAUAAAGCAGAGUUCCUUCACUCUUUCUACUUUCACAAAAGCUUUUUUUUGCAGAUUCUCUAAACCAUUGGGCCUUCAAACUUCACUACUACUACUACUACUUCCCAUUAUUGUUAUACUUCAUUUCUGCCCCUCAACUUAUUUUCUUGAAAAAAUGAAAGAUAUGUUCUGUGCAUCCCAAGCUGCAACAGCAAUAUGUCUUAGUAUGGAAGAAUUAGGCUCUUCAUCUUCAACUUCCUCUUCUACUAUCCAACUCGGUGGUGGCAGCAUUUCAGGCAGCCGUGCAAUCGACAGGUACAACCCCAUAAUAAGAGAUUCGCGAAGAACGGGUCCUAAAUCCGCCUCUGCACCUUGCUCUGCUCGCUCACCAAUAUCUCCAAAACCACAGAACAAGGACAGAAAAUCAACUUCCAAAGAAACCAAGAGAAAGGGCGGCUCAAGAAAACCAUUGAAACCUAAGGAUGAUGAGAAGAGGAAGAGCAGUGUUGAGGCAAAUGAGAAUAUUAAUAAUGGUGUUAUGAAGACAAGAAGCUGGAGCUGUAGAAAUCCUGGUGAAUUUAUAACUCCACCAGGUUCAUCUAGGUACCUUUUGAGUGAGAAACAUGUGUUGGAUGCUUUAUCAGAUUUUGACCCUGUUCUCAAGUUAAGUGAUCGUAGCUCUGUGGAAGAUGUGAAGAUAGAGACUGAUGAAUCUUGUCCACCAAAGCCACCACCAUCUUCUAAUCAGGUGGUUGUUCUUAGAGUUUCACUUCACUGCAGAGGAUGUGAAAGGAAGAUGAGGAAACACAUCUCCAGAAUGCAAGGUGUGAAAUCUUUCAACAUAGAUUUUGCUGCUAAGAAGGUGACAGUUACUGGGGAUGUGACACCAUUAGGGGUUCUUGCAAGCAUUUCCAAGGUGAAAAAUGCACAGCUUUGGACACCAACACUUGCAUCUUCUGUCCCUUCAGCCAAAGUUAGUUUGAAUAAUUCUGAGUUGAAGAAUAAUGACAAGCAGCUGGCACUGUCUCAUGAAAAGAUAGAAAAUGUUUCUCCAAGUACAACAAUUCAACUAAUGUAAAUUAAAUUAUUGUGGUUUUGACUUUAGAGAAAUGAAAUUUUAGUCUGGGAUUGGAUUAUCUUUUCCUGAUGGAUUUUACUC